AUGGUUUACUAUAAAUCAACGGAGUUUGGAUGCCAUUACCAGACGUGCAAUCUGCCAACAAUGCCGCCAAUGAAUGCGUUGGCUUGCGCCGGAAAUGAACGAGCCGCUCUACGUAGCCUUCUAAAGAGGGUCAAGUGGAUGGAUGCAACUUCGACAGUGACUGCCAACAAUAUGUACCUUUCGCAAAAUGUACGACAUCAGACCCUUAUAAAGGACUUUGUUAUACGACCAACGAUACAACCUUCAUCAUGCGCAAUGGGUCAAAUAAGUACCAUGGUGCUGAAUCGUGAAUUCAGAAGGGAUUGUUUCUUUCCAGCAUCUACCACCGUAACCACUACAUCACCAACCACAAUGAGUACCACGGUUCCGACCACAACUGAGUCGACUACAUCCUCAACAGAGAGCACUACGGUUUCUUCCACAAUGGCGUCUACCUCAACUGAGAAAGGUUCCUCGACAAGUAAAGCAGCGUCCACGGCCUCUACUACAACUAAGACAGCUUCUACGACAACUGAAGUUACAACCACGACAACUCAAACAACUUCUACAACACCACCAACCACAACUAUUUUCGAUCCCAUGACUGAAGAAAUUCGCACAAAUCUCACUAACAUGCACAACUAUCGCAGGUCUAGACUCGCCCAAGGUCUAGUGCCAAAUGGUCCGACAGGCAAAAAAGCUCCUCCAGGAGCGAAUAUUAACCAGCUGACGUGGAGCACUGAGUUGGAGCACGAUGCUCAAGCUUAUGCAAACACCUGUCCACAGAGUGGUUCCGAUGAGACGUCGCGCAAAGAUCAAGGCGAGAAUUUCGCAACUGUUUCGACCAGCUCCGCUGAUUCUUACCUCGUAGCAGCUUUCAGGGCAGUGCAAUCGUUUUGGCGCCAGAUCAAAAUGUACGGCAUUAACGAGAAAAUGCUGUUCACCGCCACGCUUUUGAAUAGACCAUUGCUUCAGUUCACGCAAGUAAGUUCCAAAUUUUUCUAG